AAUAUUUCUGUCUAUAAAAAAAUCUUAAAGUCAAAAUGUUUUGAGUUUCUGUGGAUCGUAAAAUACAGGUCUGAUGUUUACUUUGCGACGAAAGAAGCACUCGUUGUCUUUGCUGUCAAUCGCCUCGCUCAUCGGAGUGAGCAGGUGACCUGCUGCCUGUCUCUUUAAGGUGCGGGCAUGGACAAACCCAUGUGACAUAAAUACAGGAAACGUAAUUCUUGUGCUUUGAUUAAAAAACAAACAAACAACGUAAUUAUUGUGCGGCAUCGAAUGAAUAAACUUGUGAAUAAAACAAUGUCGACAAUAUUUCCAGAGUAGUCUGUAGGUUGAGAUGACACCAGUGGGACACAUAUAUACAGAAGCUCAGAGUUGUUAGCUGACUUAGCUUAUGCCUGCUAACCUGGUCGGUCAUGGAGCGGCUGAUUUCCAGGCUCACGGAGCAACGUGUGCUUUUCUCGGCUUCCUUCGCUGUGCGACUAGCUUUGGUCGCUUAUGGAGACCACCAGGAUAGGACCAUGGCGGUGAAGUACACUGACGUUGACUACCAUGUGUUUACAGAUGCUGCGAGGUUCAUUACUGAGGGUGAGUCCCCAUACAAUAGAUCAACCUACCGCUACACUCCUCUUCUUGCCUGGAUUCUCACCCCCAACAUCUAUCUGAGCAUGGUGUUUGGAAAGAUCCUGUUUAUCGUAUGUGAUGUUCUGUCAGGUCUGCUUAUCUACAAAAUCCUCCGCCUGCAAGGUCAAGCCCCUGAGGCUGCACUUCGUGUUUCCUCUCUGUGGCUCCUCAACCCACUGCCCAUGGGAGUAUCAAGCCGAGGAAAUGCAGAGUCCAUCCUUGCAGCCUUGGUGCUGGGUACAUUACUUUGCAUGGAGAGUGGGCGUCACAUUUGGGCAGGUAUUCUGUACGGCCUGUCGGUCCAUAUGAAAAUCUACCCCAUCACAUAUGCCCUGCCCCUCGCUCUGACCCUGCGCACUCCAGACACCAAAACAGAGGCGAACAAACAGAGGUGCAUGUGGAGGAGGCUCCUCAAGUUCACUGGAAGCUUCCUCAACUCUGAACUGUUGCUCUUUGCAAGUGUGGCUGGAGGAGUUUUCUGUGUGCUCACAGCACUCUUCUAUUACAUAUAUGGCUGGGAGUUCCUUUAUGAGACCUACUUGUACCACCUGACCAGACGGGACAUCAGACACAACUUCUCUCCAUACUUCUACAUGCUCUAUCUCACUGCAGACAGCAGGUGGAGCCAGUGGCUUGGUCUGGCUACAUUUCUCCCUCAGGUCAUCCUGCUUUUAGCAGCAUCGUGGGCCUUUCGUUCUGACUUGGCCUUUUCCUGUUUCCUCCACACGGCCAUCUUCGUCUCAUUCAACAAAGUCUGCACUUCACAGUACUUCCUGUGGUACCUGUGCUUGCUUCCUCUGGUCAUCCCUCACCUGAGUCUGACGCUAAAUAAGGGAGUGGGACUGCUGCUCCUCUGGUUUGCUGGUCAGGGCUUAUGGUUGUGCCCGGCCUAUUUCCUGGAGUUUGAAGGCUACAACACCUUCCUGUUGAUCUGGCUGGCUGGAUUACUCUUCUUGAUCAUCAACUGCUUCAUCUUGAGUCAGAUCGUUGCCCAUUACAAACCAACAAAGAGACACAAAGUUGAGUGAUAGCUGACUGAAUGUGGAGGGAUUUUUCUUCACUACGAUUUAAAGCACAUUCCACAUUUUUACGUUGUUUUAAUGGAGUGUAUGGACUUGUGGUUGUGUUGUGUUGAAUCUCAGUCUUCCCAGUGCUUUACUGGUAAUGACUUUGUCAUGUAAGCUUUUCUCAGAGCAGUCUUGUACUGUAGAACAUGUUUUCGACAAAGCCACUGUGGUAUUUUCAGUCAUCCUCAAUUGAACCCGCUGAUUAAAUGCACACAAACAGUUUAAAUCCUGAGUGACUCACUCUGGUCGUCCAACGGCAGUCUUUGAAAUCUUUAACACGUGUCCCACCUGUGGCUGUACUUCACAGCAAAGCAGAUGUUUUCUACUUGCUGGCUGACCCAGAAUACCUGCUGAAAUCUGAGAUCGCAGAAACUUCUCCCACAGCCUCAACAACCAUGAACUAGGCAUGGUUUCUCAGUUUGGUGAAAAAUACUUCAUAGCGCACUGCUCUGCCUCAUCAUAACAACACAUGUUGAUGAAUCACUGUUGAGAACUAAAGUUCACUUUAACACUUACUGCUGAUACCCAGGGAAACACAAGGUAGGCACUACUGUGUACAGAAUAUCAUGAAAAAUGUAAAUGUUUGUGGUCGCGUAGAAAUACUCGACUAAUGUUUGAGUAGAUUUAAUUCGGUCCCCCUGUCCUCAUUUAAAUAGUCUUGUGAAAAACAUAUUUGUCAAACAAGUAAGUAUUCAUGAUAUAUUGCACAACCUUGUACUGGGUUAAGACUUAAUUAUGUUCUGCCUUUAUACUUGUGUAUGUCAUCACAGUUUUGGUGUCAUUGUUAUCAUUACUAAACUGAAUUCAACAAAUAAAUGGUUUAUUUUUUUUUAUUUUUUA